GUCACCUCGCCACAAUUGUUUCACUGUCGGCGAAUAGGCCGAGUUUUAAUUCCUGCAUUAACUUAAUUUAAUCAAUGGAAACGAGCGAAAAUGAAGCUUGGCUGGACCUUGUCGGCAUCAGCGCCGAUCCGCCGGAGAGACGCGACAAGUGCGAGCAGUGCAAACGACCCGCGGUUGUUUGCUGGUGUCCAGCUUUACCACAUCCGCCUGAAGCAGUGGCCUCGCAGAUUGUCAUUCUGCAGCAUCCCGCCGAGGAGAAGCGGUCACUGCGGACGGCACUGAUGCUGCAGUUGGGCCUGGCGCCCGGCAAGUGUGUGGUCUACAAGGGCAAACGGUUUCCGAAUCACAAAAACCACGCGGAACUGCAGAGAAUCUUGGACUCCCCGACAACCUUGCUGCUUUAUCCCAGCCGGGACUCGGUGCCCUUGGAGGAAGUGGAUCGAAGUGCCGGUCCCUACACCUUGGUCCUCAUAGACGGCACCUGGCCGCAGGCCAAGGCCAUCUACGCCAGUAGCCCCGCCCUACACAGCCUGCGUCAGGUGAAACUCAUCGCCGUGGGCAUCAGCGACUACAUUAUCCGCACUCAGCCCACGGAGGGCUGCCUGAGCACCCUGGAAACCGCCGCCCAGUGCCUAGCUGUGCUCGAGUCCCGGCCAGAGCUGAGGCAAUCACUGGUGCGACCCCUGCACACGCUCUGCAAGUACCAACUGGACAAUGGGGCCGUGGAACACCAGUCCAAGGAGUUCCUGUUGAAGAACAACCAGUACCCCAAGCCCAUUGGCAAGCGGCUGAGCCGCCUGCUCAAUUAUAGCAACACCGUGUGCGGCGGAGGCAACGACACGUGAUAGUUGGACCAAGAAUACACACGGACGGAGUAGUGGGUGCAAGCUCUGUGCAUAGCAAUAUUUAAUUAUACUUGUAAU